CGUAAAGCAUCCGUCCGUCCAGCCAUCCCACCGCCGAAUAUUUUCACUACUUUAUUCCCGGACACGCACGCAGGCGGCGCAACCGAACCUCCCCUUCAGCCGCGGAGGAGAAAAGGAAAAUCCGAACUUUCGCCCCACAGGAAUCGAUUCCGGCGAGCGAGCAGGCGGCGGCGCCGGCGGCGAUGGCGAGCGGCUCGUCCCGGCCCCAGAUUCUCUGCGUCUCCUUCAACCAGGACAACAGCAUGUUCUCCGUCGGGACCAAGGAAGGGUUCAAGAUUUUCGAUGCCCGGACCGGGAGGCUCUGCAACGACAACAAACUUGGAGGGCUGAAUGUCGUGGAGCUGUGGUUUGCUACGAACCUCAUCGCUAUGGUCGGAACUGGGGAACAGCCUUCACGGUCCCCUCGCCGCCUUUGCCUGUUCAAUACCAUUACAGGCGCCUCGAAGAAGGAUCUGAACUUCAGGAGUACAAUUUUGGCUGUUCGGUUUAGUAGAACAAGGCUUAUUGUUGUUUUGCAGGACAAGACCUUUAUUUAUGAUCUAAACAGCACUCGUAUCUUGGAGGAAAUUGACACGGUACAUAAUCCUAAAGGCCUUUGUGCAUUUGCUCCUAAUUCAGAAUGGUGUUAUUUGGCCAUCCCAGCAAGCACAUCAAAAGGAUCUGCUUUAGUGUAUAAAGCAUCAGAACCUGAAUUAAUAUGCCAGAUAGACGCCCAUGAGUCGCCAUUAGCUGCAAUGGCAUUUUCUUCCAAUGGCAUGUACCUAGCAACAGCUUCUGAGAAGGGCACAAUGAUAAGGGUAUAUAUCGUGGCACAAGCAACUAAGUCGCAUAGUUUUCGGCGGGGAGCAUAUCCAUCAACGAUUUACUCUCUCUCAUUUGGGCCGUGCAUCGAUCGGCCUGAUGUUCUUGCUGCCACAAGUUCGUCAGGCUCUUUGCACAUGUUUUUUCUUGACUCUGCCAGAAAUGGAAGGAACCAAACGAAUAAAUUACUCGGUUCGAUAAUUCCUGGAUCCAAAGCAAUUUCCGACGCUUUGGAUCCAGCUAAUCAUCAUGUUAUUCACAACAUCGCCCCUGCAGAAACCAAGAGCUGUCUAGCAGUACAUAGUGUAGAAUACUCCCAAAACUCUUCCAAAUUUCCGGCCGUGAGGACUGUAGUCUAUGUUGUAACUCACGAUGGAUACUUCCGCGAGUACACGAUCAGCACCACCAAGUCAAACGAAUCUUCGUGGGUUUUGGAGCGCGAGUUCAGCCUGCUGGAUACCGGCUAUACUUUGAAACAGAAUGAACACCACCACGUGGACUGACUUUGUCGGUCUGCCGACCCCGUUCCUUCCACUGACUGAUGUAAGUAUCAUGUGCAAGAUGAGUGUAUCCAUAGGAAGACAGGCCUGACCUAGCAGUGGAUCGGAGUGAUCCAGUUUGACAUAGUAUAGCACAGGAUAGGUGUUGAUUAAAGCUUAAUGUUGUGGGUGUAAAUUACAGAUGUAAACAUAUAUUGCUCGUGUCACAAAAAUUACUAGUAACACAUGAGUUCCAGCGUGUUUUAUGUGAUUGGCUUGGGUUGGAUUCA